AUGGCUGUACCCACCAUUUGCUUCGAAGUGGAUGGAAGUGAAUACAUGAAGGAAGUAGGAGUGGGAAUGGCUCUGCGAAAAGUGGGUGCAGUGGCCAAACCAGAUUGUAUCAUCUCUUCUGACGACAAAAACCUCACCAUAAAAACUGAGAGCACUUUGAAAACAACACAGUUUUCGUGUAAUCUGGGAGAGAAGUUUGAAGAAACUACAGCUGAUGGCAGAAAAACUCAGACUGUCUGCAACUUCACAGACGGCGCAUUGGUUCAACAUCAGGAAUGGGAUGAGAAGGAAAGCACAAUAACAAGAAAGUUGGAAGAUGGGAAAUUGGUGGUGGAAUGCGUCAUGAACAAUGUCACCUGUACGCGGAUCUAUGAAAAAGUAGAGUAAAAAUUCCAUCAUCAUUCUGGACAGGAAUUAGCUGUGAGGAUGAACAAGCUCAGUUCAAUGAGCAAAUCUCCAUACUGCUUUUUUUUUUCAUUACUGUGUUCAAUUACCUUUACCACAAACAUUUUACAUGCAACUAUUUCAAAGUGUUGAUUUAAUUAGGAUCAUUCCUUUGGUUAGUAAAUAAAUGUGUUUGUGCUA